GUUUGGGAAUUCUGCCGAUUUUGUUAGUUACUUCUGCUGUAAUGGUCCCAAAGUCCUGCUCGUAAGCUUCAAAGUCUGAAGACAUUUUGACGUUUUAGUUUAAAACAGGUGGCUUUGACAGAUAGUUCAGAAUAAUAAAAACAAGGCUUGAAAGGUUUCACUUCCUUGAGUCACAGUAUAAUGUUCUCGGCAGGGAACUAGAUUUUUUAUUUUCCUUCUGAAAAUGGUUCAACUAGUUAAUGGAAAAUAUCAGUCGCGUUUAUUUUUGCGGAAUGUGAAUAAAUAAAAAUGUUUUGCAGUUCUGUGGUGGUUGAGUAAUACAUUACUUAGAUUUAAGAGUGUCCGCAAGGGGGUGAGGGUUAUAGUUCCUGAAACACCAUGAGAAAGGUUCCCCUCUGUAAGUUAUAUAGAAGAAACUGAAGAAAAAACCAAGGAAGUGGCCAGAUGGAGAAUUUGAGUCUGUCACAAGGAUAGUGCGCUCCGAAGAUUGGCAGGAGAGGAUGCUGCUCUUUGCCAGGGCAAGGAACAAUGGGAGACAGAGAGCCCCAGUGACCCAAGACCAGGCCAGUUGCUGGGUACUAAAAAGACGAGAAAAAAUAUGUGCAUCAUCUGCACCACUGACUUUGCAAGAUAGCAGAGGGAAAAAGUAACACAUUGAAGCUUGAAUAGUACAUUUCAGGAACUCAGCCAAAAUAUUAGUACUAACCUUGUGACGAAAAGAUGAACUUCCUGUCAACCUUUGUGACAUUUGAGAACCUCCAUGAGGUUCGGAGAUUGUGCCACUGGGGUCCAGUCAUAGCUCUGUCUGUCAUUGCUAUGUGCUCCACCAUGGCAAUUCUGGACUCCAUUAUCUGGUACUGGCCGUUAAACACUACGGGAGGCAGCAUUAACUUCAUCAUGCUCAUCAACUGGACUGUCCUCAUCCUCUACAACUACUUCAAUGCAAUGUUUGUUGGACCUGGAUACAUCCCCCUUGGCUGGAAACCAGAGAAUCAACAGGAAACCCAGUACCUACAGUACUGCAGAGUCUGCCAAGGGUACAAGGCCCCCAGAUCCCACCAUUGUCGCAAGUGUAACAGGUGCGUGAUGAAGAUGGACCACCACUGCCCCUGGAUCAACAACUGCUGCGGCCACCUGAACCACGCCUACUUCACCAGCUUCCUGUUGCUGGCUCCACUGGGCUGCUCACACGCUGCCAUCAUCUUCAUCAUGACCAUGUACACGCAGCUGUAUGAGAGGAUAUCAUUUGGGUGGAGCACUGUGAAGAUUGAUAUGAGUGCUGUGCGUCAAUUCCAGCCUCUUAUGCCCUUUAGUGUGCCCGCCUUUGCUGCCACACUCUUUGCCUUAGGCUUAGCACUGGGCACCACUAUUGCCGUUGGAAUGCUUUUCUUUAUACAGAUGAAAGUCAUCCUUCGAAAUAAGACCUCGAUCGAGUCCUGGAUCGAGGAAAAGGCCAAAGACAGAAUACAGCACUACCAAACAGGGGAGGAGUUCAUCUUCCCGUACGACCUCGGCACCCGCUGGCUGAACUUCAAGCAAGUCUUCACGUGGUCAGGAACGCCCAAGGGUGAUGGCCUUGAAUGGCCAGUCCAUCCCAAGUGUCACCAGCACACCUUAACUAUUGAGCAACUGAAGCAGAAAGCUGAUAAACGAGUGAGAAGUCAGGUCCAGUAUCGGGCAGUGGAGGACUAUAAUGGAGCAUGCUGCCCUCUGAGCAAAGGUGUCCAAACCUUUUUCAGGACCCCCUGCACCGAGGAGCCCAGGAUCCCCCUCAGCAAGGGGGACACCAUCCUAGCCACUCGUGGCACCAAAUGGUGGAUGUAUGGAGACAAAGCUUUGAACGAGGAGCAAAUGAGAGCAGGAGAGCGUGUAAGGGGAUGGUUUCCAAGGCGAUGUGUGGAGAAGUGCCAUUAUGACGCAGCUGCCAGUGAUAGCACCAGCGACAAGAAAGUAAAUUAAUAUAUUUGAACAGGCUUUUUGUAGAGCAGGGGAGUUAAACUGAACAAAAGGUGUCUGUGUUUAUAAACUUAGAUCCACUGAAGAUGUCAUGCCUGAUGCUGCAGGCUCACCAUCAAGAAUUUCAUACUACAAAAUUCUCACACAUUUCAAUACCAACUUGAAUUUUUUAAAGGUAACAUAGUCCUCUAAGUCUUACUGAGCACCUUGUGCGGCUGGAUGUAAAUAUCGAGUUCAUGAGAGGGGCUGGAUCGAUGGGUUCUGUUUGACUCCUCUGACCAAAAGUGAAACCCAGCAAGAGUCUUAAUUCCCAAGAAUUGCCACCAGGCUUUAAUGUGGCUUCAUUGUGAUUACAUGACUUUUUACUUGAAUCUGUUGUUUUUACUUGUGUUGAUGUCCUUUUUUGCUAAUUAUGCAAUGCCUCUGUCCAGCUAACCCCGGGGCUUCGUCAUGCAACUCUUUCUACAGUAUGGAGAUAACACUUAAUUUCUUUUUAUUAUUUUUGUAAAAACAAAUUGUUGGCCUCAAAGUAUAAAUUCAAAAAUAAAAAAAAUCUACCGCAGGAGUCGUUGUUUGCUUCUGUCUUUGUGUUUCAAAAUUUGUUAUACACAUUCAUUUCUUAAGUGCCUUGAGCUCAAUGUAAAACUUUAGUGUAACACAAAUCUAUCCCAAACUAAUUUUGAUGUAAUGUUCUUACAUUUUCAGGUUUACACUGACUGGCACUAUAUGCAACAAAAGUACAAGGAGGAUUUACCAUAAAGCAUGUUAGGACUUGUUGAAAACUCACUAAUCACAAACAUUUUUUGAAACCAAAGGCUUUGCUUCUGAACAACACGUCUUUAUGAGUCACGCUUUUAGAGUAUCAUCUUUGACAUCGCUUUUUAAAGGCUCCGCACACCCAGGCUCGUGUUUUUAAAUAACCUCACUGAUUGGACCUCAUCUGCUCAGGUUGGAGUCAGGCAGCGCUAUGAUGGUUGUUGAGGUCAUCAAGCUUAACAUGAGAAUAAAUAGUGAUGCUAAAAGUGUAAGCUGUCCCACCAUUACAGGUGCCACAACAGAAAGGGAAAUGUCAGUCAAACACAUUUUUUGCACACCUCUGCUGUCUUGACAAGCGAUCCAAUCAGCCAAAUGAGUGAAAACACCUGUGUGAGUGUGGGCCCUUUAAAAUACACUUUUUAACACCAGGCGUUUAGUUAUUUAUUUUAUUUUAUUCUUCUGUAAUUGUGUUAACUGUUUCGUUUGUCUCUGUAUUAUUUAACGUAUCCUAUCUGUGGUCAGAAUUAACACUUCACUUAUUGGUUUAUAUAAUGAAAGUUUAAAAUGUCAUUGUUGAAGUACU